AUGGCAAGGACUCCAGCGUCGUGCAAGAUUGGUCGCGUGCUGGUGCUGCUGGCGUUGUUUUGGGCGUGUCAGCAAACCGUGCAGACAGUGCGGGCUGCUGUUGUCCGGGCCGUGCCAUGUGCAAGGCAUCUUGUGGGCGCGUGGGCACGUAAGCCGCUCAUUGCACGCAGAGCGAGCAAGGCUGAUGUCCAACCUGGUGAAGCUGACGACAAAGAAGAUGAUAAGGCAGGAAUGGUUUGUCGGUUCGGAGUGACACCCCUGCUUUGCUGUAAGGUGAGCCAGCUGGCCAAACAACACGAUGCGGUUCAGAGCUACAAGGCAAAUGAGGUGACUGGAUGGGUUCGAGACUUUGACCCCAAGGACAUCAGCGAGUUUGCGGGUCAAGAGUACGCCGGGAAGGACCUGCUGGCGAUGGGCGUGGCAGAGCUCGACAACCUCGAGUUGGCAAAAGGGCCACGGAGGCGCCUGAUAGAGAGCAUCAAGAAGCUGCAAGCGGCGGCCGCCAUUAGACAACCCAAACUGAAGCUUCGCAAUGCAGGCACUGACGAUGAGGGUCGGAUCAAGAUGGUCGGUGACAUGCUGUCGGCGCUGGUCGAGCUGCAGCUGAAGGACAAAGACCUCUUGCAAGCAGCCAUCGAUGUAAUCAAGAAGCAGCUCGAAAAGCUACAGGACGACCAGGGUCGGAUCAAGAUGGUCGGUGACAUGCUGUCGGCGCUGGUCGAGCUGGAUGCAAACAGUGUGAUGAGUUCAGCUCUUCAGGAUGUGGAUGUCACAUCGGUGUUGGAGCAGGCCUGCAACGCAACCAGGAGUGAUGUGAAGAGCUACGGGCCAAAGCAAGUAGCUGCAUGGACUGCGGCAAAACUGGUUUCUGCCAAGUACGACGCUGCGGCGAUCCAACAGGCGCUUGGAGUGCUGAAGACGAGCGGCCCUACCCUGCUGAACAUCACAAGCCAAGAUCUCCAGCGCUGGGGGCUAGAUGAUCGCAGCAUCGAAAAGACCGUGCUCGAGGCGGUUCAAUCCUUAAGUGACCCUUCGGCGUUGACAUUUCGUGACCUCGUGAACGACGAGGCGAAGGUCCAGUACAACUAUCAAAACAAGGUGUGGGUAUAUGGCCGUCCGACAAGUUUCCCCCCAUGUGGCUACGUCCCAGACGCGCAGAUGCUGAAGAUAAGCAUCAAUGGCACGCAUAGCUCAGAGAUUCUGUUUAUGAACUCCGAAGGCAAGAGUUGUAUCCCAACCUUCCACGGAGAAAGUGGCAGUGGAAAGACUUUGCUAGCUGUGAUGAAGCCGGCUAUCCUACUGCAAGCCGAUCAAGGCGAUACUGUUCGGGUGUUCACUAUGACCGUCAGUGCCGAGGAGGUGCAAGAGAUCAGCCAAGCCCAAAGCAAAGAUGAUCGCGAUGACCGGUGCAAAGCCAAGGUCAUGAACACAUUCAAGAAGUGCAUCAAGUCGGCUUUGGGAGACCCAGGGGGUAUUGUUACUCAAUGGCUGGAGCACCCUGAUCCAGACGAUCUUGGCAAUGUGGUAUUUGUAAUCGAUGAGAUUGGAACAUGCCUCGAUUUUGCACGUGGAGUGGCGGCGCAACAAGAGGACAUAUACAAGCACAUGCAGCAGUUUUGCAAAAAUAAGAGCCAAUUGGUCAUGGCAGGCACUGCAGGUGCAGGCACUGUGGCAUAUCAGCCAUCUGUGGAAGUGUCGACAAAGCCAGAGCAAGUUUGCCUAGUCUUCGUCGGCAGCGUGAAAGACGCAACCUUCGGGCGUGCCCUAUGUGAAGCAAUGCUCCCCCUUGAAACUUGUGCAGUGAGAUACGACGACUUGAUGGAGGUCAAAUCUAUGAAGGCAUAUCUCAGCAACGCACGGACUGCAGUCUUGUUAGUGGAGGAGGUCGCGCGAUGGGUGAACAAGAAACCCGCAAACGUUGCAAAAGAGACCGUGCGUGACGCAUGGAAGCGUAGUCCUCAUUUGACAAGCUAUUUGGUGCCGAGCAAGUACAGAAUGCUCAAUGGCCUGCAGAGCGUGACGUGCAUCCGUGAUCAUGCCGAUUGCGCUUUGAAGCUGCUGAUGCACCCUUCGCUUCUGGAAAGCAAAGAUAUUCCAGAACCUGAAGUUGCCAGGAGGUGUGUGACACUAGGACUCGUGGCUAUUCCAGAUUCUCAACAAGCUGCAGCAAUCCACGCCCCCACCGGCAGCAAGUCAUAUUUCUCAACAACCACUUUCGACUCCUCUGAGGCUCUGAAGCAGAUGCUGCUUGCUGCAUUCGAAGUUCCGGCCAUUCUUCCAAAGGACGGACUGUCACUGGAACUCGUGGUGGCCGAGGCCCAGAGGCGCUUCUCAGAAGUGCUGACAGGCAAUCGAGCUACCCUGAAGCAUCUGCCGUAUGCUAUGCCUCCAGUGGACAAUCAGGAUAUGGAAGGCAUUCCAGAGAAUACAUUCGUGGAGAUUCUUGAUGCGCUUGCUUCCCAGCAAACAGUCGUGCUGGUCAACGGACCCAGUGCGCAGGGAGCUGACAUCAUCCUGCUUCGAGCGGCUCAGCAUACCAAGAAUUGCACGGCCACGAAGCCUUUUGUUCGCUUCGUGCAGGUUAAGAACCAGAAUCGUGCGGCGAACCAGACGGAUGUCGUGAGAACAUUGGGAGUUGCAGCAAAGGCAAACGCAUCCCAGAGCAAAUUUCAGAAACCUAACCCAUGGUCUGCGAUGGUACUGAAUUGGUUCUGCCGGGUGGUGAGCGAGAAGAAUUGCAAGAACUUGACACGGCACUUUGGACAGGUGCGAGAACUGAAAGGCAAACCUCGAGAGAUGGACGUGGAUGUGGAGCUUGUUCUCCUCGAAAGAGAGCUGCGUGGCUCAUCCGGCUCACUAGAUGCUCAUCUGCGCCUGCUGAUGCUCAUCAGCCUGCAGGCCCUCCAGUCUGGCCUCCAGGCCCAGCUCCAGUUCUGGCCGCCCGGAUUUCACGGACUGCCCGGCAGAUGCGGCCGACUGAUGCUCAUUGAUGCCCGCCCGCUGAUGCUCACCGCCCUCGGAGACUCGCUCAUCCUGCCGGCUGGUGCAUCUGACCCCGCCCGCAGCCCGCCCGCCGAGGAGGGCGCUGGCAAGUCUCCACAGAGCUCCUUUACCAAGAUUGCCAAGGCCGAGGCUGGCAAGUUCCGCGCAGUUGUGGAAAAGGAGCUGGCGUCCAAGCUCGUGGCCAAGUCGGGCAGGGACCCCAAAGUGUUCGGCCGCAGCCUCUCGCCCGCCGAGCUGGAGGCGCGGCUGCAAUCGUGCCUCAAGACCAGCCAGCGGGGCACCCCUUUCCUGAAGACCAAGCUCAACUGGGACAGGGUGCGCUUCUGGGACACGGAAGGAUACCCGCUGCAGGAGCCGGGCGACCUUGCGGGCCGCAGCGCUAGGGUGCGCCUCGAGCUGCGCCAGGUGUGGGUGAUGAAUCCCCAGUGCGGCCUGCUGCUGGAGGUCACCGACCUGCAGCUGCAGGAGAGCGAGCCGGCCAAGGUCGAGUGCUCCUUCGGCUGA